AUGCGAGACAGCAUCAACCCGGACCAGAGCUCCCUUGUUCUUACUCUCUUUCUGAGACAAGACCUUGCCACUGUCAGUGUACUCUCUGGCAGCAGCAAUGCAUCGGAAAGCACAGUCACCGCAGCCCUGAAGAUUAACCUCAGUCCAUCCUUCAUUGCGCGCUUGAGCAACUUCGUCUGUGGAGGUGCAAACUGGUCCUCGAAGAAGACCAAGGUCGCUGAUGAAGGCCACGACGAGGCCGUCGAGGGAGAGGAGGAGGAGACGAAGGAAGAUGAUGAGGUAAUGGAGGAUGCUGAUGAACCCAGCCCAGCACAGCAUGAUGGUGAUGAUGACGUUGAGAUGGCCAGCGCCCGGGACAGCGAGCUGGAGGCUGAGGUUGAUGCCGAGGAGGUGCAUGAGGUGCAGGAGGGAAUGACGGGCCGUUCCAAGGCUGCCAGGAACAAGAAGUUGCACGCGGGGGGGGUUGGUGAGCUCCCCGAUCCGCGAUCCAUCCCGCCACCACCGCCGGCAGUGGAAGAUGUGCCAGCUCCGGUGCCAGGCCUGAGGCGUGGUACUCCGCUGCAGCUGGAUGUGAUCAACACGAGCACCCACAAGACGAAGUGGAAUCGGCUCGAAAGAUUCGUCACCGGAACUGCCUUCCCGCACAUGCGUGGGCUCUUCGGGGGAAGCAAGAUUGGGAACGCCGAUGCUUGCGAAGCCGCCGUGAUCCUGAUGAGAAAAUCUUCCAACACCAACGACAAAAACAAGGAGUUGUUGAAGAUCAGUGAAAUGGUCAAGAGAGGCUACAGCGAGAAACAAAUCGAGCGGAUCGUGACGACGCAAGCGGGCGUUCCGGACGAGGACGUGCCGGACAUGGUGUCCGAGAAUUAUUAUUGGGUAACCACGGAAAGGACAGCCUUGGAGCGCGAAGAAAGCAGCACUACGGGUACGUUCACUGCCCAUACCGCGGCCACGCCUGGUGUUGUCUCAGCUUUGGGAGGCAGCAUUGCCCCCAGCAUCACGCCCGCCGUCCCGCUUGCCCCAGGUGUCAGCAACGAUCUCCUUGGCCACAUCCAGAGCAGUACGAGCAUCAAAAAGGAGCUGAAGGCAUGCAAUUGCUAUGUGGACCUGCCAUCCGGGCAUGAACUCCGAACUGCCCUCGAGAAGGUGAGCAAUGAUCUUACUGCUAUCUUGGAUGAGAUCCGCGACUGCACCGACAUGCCAUCCUUGGAGAAGCUGAAGGAGCAAGCUGCUGAGCUCGUGGACGGUGCGAAGUACACGCGUGUUCAAGCUGCUGCGGUGGCGCGGGAGCUCAAGAAAGAGAGCGGCAGUGCAUAUGCAUCUGACGAUCGGUUGCAAGACCAGCUGGACAGGGAGCUUCUGGAUGCUGUGGGCUCGGGGGACCUCACCGUUCAUGCCCUCAUCGAUUAUGGCUACCUCGACAUGCUGGUCGACUACGAGCAGCUGGAUGACUUUUGGGACAACUUCUUGAAAGACUAUCCUUUGCAUCCUGUCGCACGACAGCGGGUUUGUUGGAAGUGCAUGGCUACAAAGGGCAACGCUGAAGGUGCUGAUCUGGGCUUUUGCUACACCAAUUUGCAAGCAAAUGCAAAAUGGAAGUCCUCUUAUGGCUUAAACGACCCCUACGAUGUGAGACCUCCUUUCCUGGACCUCCCUGGAUUUUCUAUGAGCAUGGUGUGGCCCUAUAUUCUGCACAUAUUCCAUUUAGGAUGUGGAAGAGACCUGAUUGCAUCAGCGCUGAGAGUGCUCUUGGGUAAACGUUACAUGUUCAAUGGCAGAACUGUGGCGCUUCGGAUCCGCGAUGCUUCGCGACGCCUGCUUGACUUUGCAAAAGACAAUGGCUACACCCUUAGCAUCAGGAGGCUGACGCCUUUGAACAUGGGCUUCCAGAAAAAAGGGUAUCCGGAAAUGAUGUGCAAAGGCUACGACACAUUCGUGAUUUUGCGGUGGUUGGUUUCCGAAGUGACGUGCCAUGCCCCUCCAGAUCAGGAGCUUCUGAGCACGUGCUUGUGGGCUGCAGACUCGUGCCUAUGUGUUGCGAACGCAGCUGGAAGGAACAUGACUGAAGCUGAACAUCUUCAUGUACGUACCGUUGGACAUCUGUUUUUAACAUCGUACUUGAACCUUGCGAAAAAUGCUUUGGCAUCGAGGAGGAAGCUGUGGAGAAUAAGGCCGAAGUUCCACUUGCAGUACCACUUGUUCUGCGAUGUAUUGCCUAGCCGUGAGAGUUUUACAUACCAUGCUACGUGGAUGGACGAGGACUACAACAAACAUGUGGUCAAGAUCAAGAAGGGCACGCAUAAAAAAACUGCAACAGUUUCAACGCUGAAAAGAUGGAUCUUGGGUCUGGCAAGACAGCUGGAGAAUGCGAAGACGGUGAAGUCGCGCUGA